UUUCACCGACCAGGGUGUGCACAUCUUGGAGGAGCUGCAUUUUUUCUCAUGGAGGAUGAGGCAGUCGUGAGUCAGCCGAUCGUGCUGGAUAAUGGCUCGGGCACAAUCAAGGCCGGAUUCGCAGGUGAAAAUAGCCCAAAGGUGUGCUUUCCUUCUUACGUGGGCGUUCCAAAGCACAUCGGCGUAAUGGCAGGAUGCAUUCAAAACGAUGAACGUGUUAUAGGAAACAGAGCGCAGAGCCUGAGGGGACUAUUAGCACUGAAUUACCCAAUUGAGCACGGAAUUGUAAAAAAUUGGACAGAUAUGGAGAAGAUUUGGGCAAACGUCUACCAGGAAUUACAGAUCAACUCUGAAGAUCACCCGAUGCUACUGACCGAGCCACCACUAAACCCCAUCUCAAAUCGAGAAACGGCAAGUGAAAUCCUUUUCGAAACAUUCAAUGUGCCGGCGCUUUUCAUAUCCUUGCAUUCAGUACUCUCUCUAUACGCCAACGGGAUGAUGACAGGCGUCGUCUUGGAUUGUGGAGAUGGCGUAUCAUACAGUGUACCAAUCUAUGAAGGAUUCGCAAUACAAUCUUCUAUCCAACGGGUAGAUUUGGCAGGAAGAGACAUCACGUCUCAGUUGCAACUCCUUCUUAGAAAGUCUGGAUACUCACUCUUCACAACAUCGGCGGAAUUUGACAUUGUUAAAGAUAUCAAAGAAAAACACUGUUAUGUAGCUUACGACCCUACAAAAGAAGAAGAGGCGUUUCUAGAACUAAAUAGACAUAUCAAUCCAGACGUCUUAAAAUUACGCGCCUCAACACCGUCAUCUAUAGAUUACUCCAAAAAUUCGUUAUCGGUUCACUACCAACUCCCAGACCACCAAAUCUUGGAACUCAAAUCAGAGCUGUUCAGAGCACCUGAAAUCCUGUUCCAACCACACCUUCUCGGACUCGAGACACCUGGGCUACACCAUCUCUUAUACCACUCUGUAUCUAAGUGCGAUAUAGAUCUCAGGAAAGGGCUCUACAGCUCUAUUGUUUUGGCAGGAGGAUCAACACUCCUCAGUGGAUUUGCCGAUCGACUCCUUAAAGAAACACAUGCCAUCAGUCCCAAAAACAUGAAAAUUAGGAUCUAUGCCCCAGAACAGCGACAGUUCACCACCUGGAUAGGCGGGUCUAUCCUAGCCGCACUCAGCUCGUUCAAAGACUUAUGGGUGUCAUCCCAAGAGUACAGCGAAGAGGGGCCCUAUAUCCUCCAAAAGAAAUUCUUUUUGUAACCACAUUAAAGUCAUUACAGAGACCCCUCUAAGGUGUA